AUGGCAGCGGCAAUGCCACAGACCCCUUCGUCUGGCGGCCCACGUACUGGGCAGACCGAUUGGCAGUUGGAUCCUCCACGCAUCGAUCAGGAUGAGCCGCUUGGAGAAAUCGUGAGGCAACUCUCAGUAUAUUUCAUAGAUGCUAUCGAAGCGCCUCAUACAUUCGAGCAACUAAGGACGGCAUCUGUGGGCCACAUACUGAAGCCCCUAAUCAAGUCCCUCUCUGAAAGCUGUCAUCAUCCCGACAUCGUAUCUGCUUUGCUGAUACUAAAAUGCCAUUUCGCCUCUGGUGAUCAAGAUGAUCAUGGCAUCAACGAUACUCGAGGCCACGCCUGCGAGAUUGUGGCUUGGAGGUUCUUGACACACUUGUCAGCGGCCGAGCUAAUUGACUAUCUUCUACACGAACUUCCUCCAGUCAGCUUUGAUCCUGAAAGCUACGAUGGGGUUGGAACCCAUCCGGACAAUGGAGACGCCGCCGAGCAUGCUGCACUUCUCUCGGGACGAGACCCUUCAGCUACGAGUACACGAGGCAAUACCAGAACAUCCUCAAUCGCGGAGGAGGAGCCAAUGGCCUCUUUCGUCGGCCUUAAUGCCCUUGAAAUUGCGGCAGUGGCAGGUGCAAAAAAGUUCCUCAGCCAAAGAGUUGUCCAGAAGACGGUCGACGAUAUUUGGAAUGGUCAUAUCAUAUUCUGGGAAUCUUUGAGUGUACACAGCAAGAAAAGGGCAAAGUUUUACAACAAGGCUCGAGCGGAUCCAUAUUGCAGGCUUCGAGUACCCAAAUAUCAGAAAAGCUUCGAGGCUCUUUUCUUUGCUCUGUUCCUUGGCCUAUAUUACGCAGUGCUCGUGGAGCGAAACCCACACAAAAUCACUCCUGUCGAAGCCCUCCUGUACAUCUGGAUUGCUGCAUUCGCCUACGAUGAGUUCGGAGAAUUCAGAGAUGCUGGGAUUUCCUUUUACGUGGCAGACUUCUGGAGCUUAUGGGACAUUGGUAUCAUUGGUAUCGGUGUAGCCUACAUGGUAUCUAGUGAGUCAUUAUAUUGCCUCAUGUCCAGUCUGAGUGAUGAGCAGGUCAUGCCAGCCUCUCGCGAUGAGCAAGGCGAAGCGGCAAGACAGACUCCGCCAUUGAGCGACAAGUAG